ACAAGUUAUUAAAACCCAGGGAUUUCAAACUAUACAUGUAAUGUAGUCGACAGUCAGUAUUUACUACCGUAAUCUGUUCACGGACUUUUAAGAAUGUAAAAAUGUGAUUACUGAACUGAGACACUUGGGAACUUUGCGGUAAAGUGUUUUAUUUACAUAAUAUUGAUGGGAAAGUUUAUAUCAGUUGUAGUUAAAAUAUCUUUUAAUUGUGAUACAUCUGCAUAUCUGAAAGCAUUAUAAUACAGGGUGACUGAAAAUUAGUGGACACGAUUCAAAAUGAAAAGAAAAAAAAAAGUUUUUAAUGUUUUAAAACAAUGACUAGGUAAGAUAAAUAUCAGAUAUUUUGGUACUUAAUUUUAUUCUGUUGACCGUGAAACUCUUGCCAGACAGCACGAUUUAGCGUCAAAUACGAGUACGUGUGAUGUAACAACAUACUCAUAACAUUUGCCUUUUCAUUUGAUGUAACCUGAAUCGAUUGUUGAUUAGUCACCUGUUGUUUUUAUAUGUAAGGAUAUAAAUUAACUUCUAUUGCUGUAAUUUUUCUUGCAUUUUGAAAAAAAUAUAAAAUUUGGGACCAGCCUUCUACAGAACAGCAGGCAGUGGAUUAUUUUCUGAGUUAUGGGAUCUUGCCAUCCAAAAAGAGUUUUGUUAAUAAACACAAUAUAUAAUCGACAAAACAAGAAUCAAUUGGAAUAAUUACCUGUGGGAAAUUUGUACUUGUAGUGUUCUAAACAGAGCUUCUGGUAAAAUCAGUGCACCUGACAAUAUAGUGCAAAUGAAUGAAAGCCUUUUUACAAAAUGAAUUGAAUACUGUUUGUUGAUUAAAUAAAGAGGCAUCAGUUCCUUCAGAAAUCCACAGGAACAGUGGUGCAAAUUUGCCAUGAUCUCUGCCAACAUUUAUGGUUCGAUGGUUGCCAACUUUUUGCGUUCGAUGGGACAAUACAUGGCAAAACUGAAGAAGCAAUGACUGUUGAUGAAGAUGAUUUUGUUCAACCAGAAGAUGCUGAAGAUGAGCUUGAGUCACAGAAAGAACAAAUUAUAAAUCAAAGUGAGAUGGAUGAAGAAUUAAUGAAAGAUGUGGAACAGCAGAUUAAAACUGCACAAGAAGCUUCUAAAGCAAUAGCUGCAGAACAAGGUAGACAAAAAGAAGAGGAAGAGGCUAGACAAAAGGCAGAAGAGGAGAUUAAAAAGGCUGAGGAUGAAGCUAAGGAAAAUGAAGCUAGACAAAAAGCUGAGAAAGAAGCAAAGCAAAAAGCUGAAGAGGAGGCCAUGCGGAAAGCUGAAAUAGAAUCUAAGUUAAAAGCAGAAGAAGCACGAGUACAGGCUGAAGAAAGAAAAAAAUUAGAAGAAGCGCAGAAAAAAGUGGCUGCGGAAGAGGAAGAGAGACGUCAAAAUGAAGAACAACGAAUCAAAGAGGAAAAAAGGGCUGCUGAAGAAGAAGAAGAGAGAAAAAAAGCUGAAGAGGAGAAACGAAUUCGAGAAGAACGGAGAGUAAUAGAAGAGAAGGAGCAAAGAAUUCGGGAAGAAAAAAGAGUUGCUGCUGAACUUGAACGAAGAAUGGCUGAGGAAGAGGAAAUGAAAAAAGAACAAGAAAGAUGGUUAGUUGAGGAACAAAUGCGACGAGCACAAGAAGAGCAUAAAAAGAGACUAAAAGCUGAGGAACAGAAACGCCUUUUAGAAGAACAGCAGCAAAGACAACUUGCUGAAGAGCAGCAGAGGUAUAUUGCUGAGCAACAACGUAUGUUAGCUGAAGAACAACAACGAUUAUUAGCUGAAGAAGAACUUCAAAGACAAAAAAAGGAGCAAGAACUUUUCCAGUUACAGCAGAGAGUUUUGCAAGAAAAAGAUAAUGUUCAAACUGAGCAUUUUGGUAAUCAGAUAACUGUAUCUGCAAGUUCAGCUACACCUCUUCCAAUGACUGCUCCCCCAUAUGUUCCAGCCCCAGUGCAUGUAAUGAACAUCAUGCCUCCACCACCUACUGUUCUUAUGACUAAUAUCCCACCAACUUUGCCACCUGCACCACCUAUGGUUUCUGCUCCUCCAAUGGUUUCUGCUCCACCACAUCCAUCUGUUCUGCCCAGUAUCCAAGUUUCUGUUGCUGCUUCAAGGUUCCCACCUCCACCACCACCUCCACCUACUGUGAGUACAUUGAAAACUCCUGUCACGGCAGCUCUACCUCCUCCUCCACAAAUAACUCAAGUUAAUGAGGAAAUCUCAAAAUCUCUUCCUAGUAGCGUGACAGGUGUAAACCAUAAUCUUACUGCAGAGCUUGAAGCAAAUAAAGACAUAUCUGAAAGUAUGGAUACCACUGAAAAUUCAUCGAAUGAGAUAAAACUUCCACAAGCAUUGGAAAAGGUUUUAGCACUAAAAACGGAACGAGCUCAGCUUUUAGGUGUUGAUCCAGAUUCAGUUGUUCAGCCUUUGUCGGUCUCUGAAGAAAAAGGAUCAUCUGCUAAACAGUCUGUUGUACCAUUAGUUUCUGUUGAUGAAGAUGAGUAUAUAGAAGAAGAAGAAUCAGCAAAGAAAAAUAAGGAAUCAAAAAGUAGACGGCACAAAAAGAAGAAGAAGAAGCGUCAUACUAACAAAGAAGGAAAAAAGGAGACUCAUAGGCGAAGUGAAAGCUCUUCAAAAUCUAAAGAAACUAGUGUAGAUAUAGAUAUUGAAUAUGUACAGGAAGUCAUGGAUGUUAGUGAUCCUCUUUAUUCACAAUUUAUGAAAAUAUUUGAAAAAUUCAAAUUAACUGAAGGUGAAAAAGAUAAAGAAGAAGCAUCCACUGAUGCUGCGAAAGAUGUCAACAAAGAGGAAAAUAUAAAUCCAAUGUCCCUUAGGAAGAAACCAGUAGAUUUAGAUGAUGAUGAUGACGAUGAGAGAGAUGAUGAUGACAGAAAAGAUGAAGAAAAACCCAAAUUAUCUAAAAGAAAACUAAAAAAACUCAGUCGAAUGAGUGUAGCUGAAUUGAAACAGAAAGUUAGUCGCCCUGAACUGGUUGAGAUGCAUGAUGUGACUGCAAAGGAUCCUGUCCUAUUACUUCAUUUAAAAGCAUCUCGUAAUACUGUACCAGUUCCUCGUCACUGGUGUUUCAAGCGUAAAUAUUUACAGGGUAAACGAGGCAUAGAAAAACCAGCUUUUGAGCUUCCAGAUUUUAUUAAAAGAACUGGAAUUAUGGAAAUGCGACAGGCUUUGCAGGAGAAAGAGGACCAAAAAACAAUGAAAGCUAAAAUGAGGGAAAGAGUGCGACCAAAAUUGGGCAAAAUCGACAUAGACUAUCAAAAACUUCAUGAUGCAUUUUUUAAAUGGCAGACAAAACCAAGAAUGACAAUUCAUGGGGAUUUAUAUUAUGAAGGUAAAGAAUUUGAAACUCGAUUGAAGGAAAAAAAGCCAGGUGAUCUUAGUGAAGAUUUAAGAACAGCUUUAGGUAUGCCCACAGGACCAAAUGCAAAUAAGUGUCCACCACCUUGGCUUAUUGCAAUGCAGCGUUAUGGUCCUCCUCCUUCUUAUCCAAAUUUAAAAAUUCCAGGCCUGAAUGCACCCAUUCCUGAAGGCUGUUCAUUUGGUUAUCAUGCUGGUGGUUGGGGAAAGCCUCCAGUGGAUGAAACAGGACGUCCUUUGUAUGGAGACGUAUUCGGAACCCAAAUCGCAGAAAAUCAACCUAAUAUCCAAGAGGAAGAAAUAGAUCAUACUUUGUGGGGAGAACUUGAAUCUGAAUCAUCUGAAGAGGAAGAAGAUGAAGAGGAGGAAGAAGAUGAGGAAGAGGAAGAAAAGGCAGAGGAUGAGAGUGGCCUAGUGACACCUGCAGAAGGCCUGAUUACUCCUAGCGGAUUUAGUUCAAUUCCAGCUGGUAUGGAAACACCAGAUAUGAUAGAAUUGCGUAAAAGAAAAAUUGAGUCGGAAAUGGAAGGUGGUGAAACUCCAGCAUUAUAUACUAUCCUUCCUGAGAAGAAAACUGAGCGAGUUGGUGCUGCCAUGAUGGGAUCAACCCAUAUUUAUGAUCUGUCUGCUGCCAUACCUGCUAGUAAGUUGAAAAUGCCUGGUACUACAUCUGUGCCUCCACAGGGCAUUGAAGUAGCUCUAGAUCCUAGCGAGUUGGAAAUGGACACUGCAGCUAUGGCAGCACGGUAUGAACAGACUAUGCGUGAACAGCAGUCGCAGUUAGAGAAGGAAGAUUUGAGUGACAUGGUUGCUGAACAUGCAGCUCGUCAGAAAAAUAAGAGAAAGAAACAGCAAAUGGACAGUGCAAAACCACCAAAGAAAUAUAAGGAGUUUAAAUUUUAAUUCACAUACUUAUACAAAAAAAGUAUGUUGUACAAAAAAGUUAGUAAAGAACUUGUAUUGUUGUAUAAAUUAGUUUUUAUGUACAUUGCUCUUUAAAGCACAUUUUACAUACCUUGAAAUAAAUGCAGCACUUCUAAUUUUAAGCAGUGUUCCAACUUUCAGUAAAAUAAGACUGUAUAAAAUGCUUUAAGUAAAACAAGAUUUUUGUACAAAUUUGUUUCUAAAACAGUUGUACAGUUACUGUAUAAUUGUUUUAAAAAACUGUUCUAUUACAUUGGUUUUAUUUAUAUUCUUGCUCCAUGCUUAUAUUUAUUAUUUUCUUAAUUAAAUUAUGGCAGAAUUUUGAAUUCUGUGGAUUGAUUAUGGUAUAGCAAUAAAAUCCAUUCAUUAUUGA